UAUAAAGCAGGGAGCUGACAGGGACUGGAAACACUUGAGUUCCUGCCUGGAUCAUGGGGUUUACUAUCUGGCUGUGCGUGCUCUGCUUGCAGGCAAGCCUGCUGUCACACGCUCUCGACUGCUCCGGAGCAACACAGGGAGAGCUGUGUGUCAGGGGACCGACCGCAGACGGACAGUAUGAUGAUCAGAAGCAGCAGAGGGCGCUACCAUUAACUGAAGAACUGGUUUUGUUCAGACGUAAGAGACAUUUGGAGCGGAGGGGUCCCACCCACCUGAGGCACUCCAGCCUGCCCGGUGCCAUCUCCGUCAAAGGCUUCCCUAACACUCUCACCCAGGCUGAUAGGUCCAGACGGCACUUGGUUCAAGCUGCGAGUAAGAAGAAGAACAAGCGCAAAUCCCGCCUAGGCUCCUUCUCCCUCCUUAGCAACGACAAGAAAUCCAACCCCCUACAGGUCACGAGAGCAAGAAGACAGGUGAAGGCCGAGCCUCCCAAGAGGAAUUCAGGCCGAUCUGGGGCCUUCUCUGUCCUGGGAGAUCCACUGAAUGAUGGACAGAACGACAGACCCAAAAGAAGCAUACAGAAGACGAGUGUGUAAUGUCAAUUUUAUGUUCUGUGUUGUAUUUCCACAUUGUUAUCUCAGUGAACACGCUGAUAUUGUGCAUACUGUCACUGUUUUGGGUGACUCGUGCGUCAUGCAGCAGCUGCCUUAGAAACAUUCACAUCCUCUUCUCUGUUGUUUAGUAAUAAAGUACUAAUGUGGACAGGCCAUAUGUUAUGGGCCAGAUGUAUACCUCCGUUAGUCACGCUGACCUAGCAUUCCUUUUGCCUGCCAUGGCCUAAAGCAUCAUGUUCCAAUGCAGCCCCCAUCCGGGUCACUCCCUAUGUAACUCUAUGGAAGAUACAUUUCAUUUCAUUUGGGCAAAGCCUAAUGUGCACAGUCCAAACUAAUGUGUCAAAAUGUCCCCCCUAGAAAACAUGUAAACACAGAAUGAAGAUUGUUGUGAAAAUUGGACAUUUGUAAAAAGAAUUUCUGUGUUUGUUUGGUUUAAAUCAUUCUGAUGCGUGUGUCAAUCAUUACUGUUUCAAAUGUAAACUAGCUUACUUUUCUCAGCCAGCCUGCGAAUACUUUGUCUACACUAUUUUAGUUUUUCUAAUAUAUUCCUGCAUGUUAGAAAAUCAAGUCACAAAUGAUCCAAUAUUAAUAUUAUAGUUUGCCAUUUUGUUCUUACCUAUUUAAUCACAGAUUCCUUAUGAAGAUUGGGGGUAUAUUUUUGCAGGAAUAUUUCUUGUGUUGUAUCAUAUUUCAAUAAAAGUGGAGUAGAGAUAUAUGGUGUAAGAGUCUUUAAACAUUAAAUGGUAAAUGGAC